AUGGCGACCCCUGCCCCAUUGCCCGAUCUUGGUCGUGUUCAUGUCGCCGUCAAAACUCUCGAGGAAGAAUUUGGCAAACUACCAAACCUCAUGCAACUCGCGAAAGAUCUCAAGGCAGACGCCAACAAGCUCGCGAAAGAUCUCAAGGCAGACGCCAACAAGCUCGCGAAAGAUCUCAAGGGCAACUUGAAGGAGCUCAUGGCCGAACUGAAAAAGGUGGAAACAGCUUCAAACACAAAGAUCGAUGAAGGUUUCAAAGACAACAAUGUCUACAUAAAGGCGAUGACCGCAAACACUUUAGCCCAAGCUCGAAACUCGCUGCUUACCGAAGUUUCUGACCAAAUCCAUCGACUAGUCGAUCCCAAGGGCAAAGCCAUCGAUGAUUUUCCUUCAAAACCAGACGAUAUCCCCCACAUGCCCUUCCACACGCUCCGCAAUGUCGUGGUAAACUUAGGUUCGAAGCCCCACGAUACAAAGGUUCAUGUGGAGAAGCAACUUCGUGAGAGCAUCGGCCUGCAGGGAGUGCUACUGCAGCAAGAAGUCAAAGGGGCUGCAACUGCUGUGUCUGCAACUGCUGUGUCUGCAACUGCUGUGUCUGCAACUGCUGUGUCUGCAACUGCUGUGUCGUCUGUUGAGACGGACAAAUAG